ACAUGCGGAAGUCGUAAUCGUGUUUACUGAUGACGUCGCUUCGGCAGCCGUGGACAUUUGUAGCUAGCUGUUGAUAAAGCUGCGAUUUAGGAACUUGGAACACAAAUGAUAGAACCAGGGAAUUCGAGAUAGGGUCGCGUGAGAGCAUGUUUUUGUUCCAACGUUCCACUCUUUAUUUAGUUCCGAGGAAACAAAGUAGGGAGACUUCUUUGAAGGAGUUAGCUUAGCGGCUGUGCAUCGUAGCAGCUGCGUUUGACUCUUCCCAUGAUGACAGUUCAUAGCUAAUGCUAAGUACAUCCAAACAAAGGACAAGAUGUUGGAGUCCUAUGUCACCCCGCUCCUGAUGAGUUAUGUGAACAAGUACAUCAAGAAUCUGAAGCCAUCGGACUUGCAGCUUUCCCUCUGGGGGGGAGAUGUAGUGCUCAGCAAGUUGGACUUGAAACUGGAUGUGCUAGAACAGGAAUUGAAGCUUCCUUUUACAUUCAUGAGUGGUCAUAUCCAUGAGCUGCGUAUUCAUGUUCCCUGGACUAAGCUGGGCUCUGAACCUGUCGUCAUCACAAUUAACACCAUGGAGUGCAUCCUGAAGCUGAGGGAUGGAGAUCAGGACGACCACGAGAGUGGUUCGAGCUCCACCAGUCGCAGUGUCUCAGAGAGUUCCAAGGCUGCCGGCAAGCCCCGCAGAGUCCAGCAGGCUGCCCCUAGUGACCCAGACUUGCCCCCAGGUUACGUGCAGAGUCUGAUAAGACGUGUGGUGAACAAUGUGAAUGUUUUGGUGAACAACUUGAUACUGAAGUACGUUGAGGAUGACAUUGUGUUGUCAGUCAACAUUACUUCAGCAGAGUGCUACACUGUCGACGAUGUGUGGGAAAGGGCCUUCAUGGACGUCACUGCUCCAGAACUUGUUCUUCGUAAAGUGAUCAACUUUUCUGAUUGUACUGUAUGCUUGGACAAACGGAAUGCAAGUGGCAAGAUUGAGUUCUACCAAGACCCGCUGCUGUAUAAAUGCUCUUUCCGAACACGUCUUCAUUUCACUUAUGACAACAUCAAUUCUAAGAUCCCCUCUGUCAUCAAAAUCCAAACCAUGGUGGACAGCCUGAAGUUGUCAAUUACAGAUCAGCAACUUCCCAUGUUCAUCCGAAUUUUACAACUGAUUAUUGCACUCUAUUAUGGAGAAAUCGGAGGGCACAAAGAACCAGAGCGAGAAGAGAGCAGCUCACAUGUCAGAGAAGCUUUAACAAAUUUGCCUGGAAUGGAUAUGGAUAUAGAGAACCAAGGACCAAGCCAGUACUCCAGUCAAGAAUUCUACAUGGACUCAGGCCUUCCUUCAGAUAGUAACCAGGGCUGGGUUUCCUGGGCUUGGUCCUUUGUUCCAGCCAUUGUGAGCUCGGAGGAGGACGAGGACGGUCUCUACCAGCAAAGGGAGACUGGGGGUGUUCCAAACAACCCCCAACAUCACACACCCAAAGAUCCUAUUGUUUCAAUAGGCUUCUACUGCACCAAGGCUUCUGUAACAUUUAAGCUGACAGAAUCUCAGGCAGAGAGCAGCUACUACAGUCCUCAGAAGGUGAAAUCAAGAGAGGUAUUGGGCCUGGAACAAGAGGGAAUCACUCUCGAGGUCCUAAUGAAAGGCGAGCCUUUCUUUAACUGUCAGAUUGGCUUUGUGGGCUGCAAAGCUCUCUGUUUGAAAGGCAUCAUGGGAGUGCAGGAUUUUGAAGAAAAUAUGAACCGACCUGAAGAGGAUGCAGUGUUCUUCAGCUGUGGUGACAGCCUAAGCAGCAAAGGAAUGACCUACCUUACAAACUCCCUCUUUGACUACCGCAGUCCAGAGAACAAUGGCGUCAGGGCUGAGUUCAUCCUGGAUUCUGUUACUCAUAAGGGGACCUACACGGAGAUAGCAGGCAUGCAGCGCUUUGGUGCUUUCCACUUGGAUUACCUCUACACAAUGGAGAACAGCAGCAGCAAAGAUUCUCAGGACUUCUCUGCAGUUCAUUCUGAAGAGGUACUGCCAGCUGUUGAAGAAGCAUCCAUGAAAAGACUUGUAGUUGGACCUUUGGACGUCAAGUUGCACAGUAGCGCUGUUCAUCGUAUACUCAAAAUGGUCACUUGUGCCAUGGACCAUGAAUACGAGCCUUACUGUAAACCACAACAAGAAAUAGUGGAGGAGAGUUGCGGUCCCGUCACUCCAGAAGAGAUAUCACGAUUAGAGGAAUUUAUCCCCACAAGACUCACUUGCCUCACACUCCUCCAAGCCUCAAUCACAGUUUGUAUGGCUGAAUUCAACCUUCUCCACAUGCUCAUGCCUGUCAUUAUUGGAGGCAAGGCCAAACCAGGACUGGUCAACAUUUCAGCGUUCCAGCCAGUACGCCCGCUACCAUCAGUUCAAUUCCAAGUGGAGCGGGUGAAUGUUGAACACUCGGUGCCAAUGUAUGCUCAGGAGUUGGUCAGCGCCGUUAGUGCUCUCAGUCAGCCUCCUGACAACCUUCUGCAUCACUGCUACGCACAUUUUUACCUCAAGAUUUUUGGGUUCCAGGCAGGUCUGACAUGCCAAGACAGUGCAGGCGGGUUCUCUCCCCUCCUGCCUGUUAUUCCAUCCUUCAGCACCGCAAUUUAUGGGAAGACGAUCCAGAUACCUGCAUGCUGGAGUAAAAGGUCUUCUGUCCUGACCACAGAGUGUAUUUUGGAGCUUCCUCACUUCACUUUGCAGGCCACAAGAGCACAGACACAUCUUCUCCAAGCAAUAUGGCAGAGUUGGACGCAUGGAAUGUUGAAUGGGACCCCCUCGCCACUCAGUGAAAGCCUUAUUAAUGAGGUUUACAAAGCUCCAGGUGUGAAAUCUCUAGGCUCGUCACCGACUCUUGAGGGUUCGCUCCAAAAUCUUGAGCUGAAGUUCUGCAGCCGCGCAACAGUGAAAUGCGCCUCUGGAACUGUGGGAGCUGUAAAAGUGUGUGCCAGGACCCCAGGCUCAGGGGAAGUUGUCAAGGAGAAGCUGGUUCCUCUCAUCCAGGGACCAUCCGAUACUAAGGAACUGCAUUUAAGGAAAUGGCUAAAUGAGAGUCGAAAACCUGAAUCACUUUUGGCUCCCGACCUGCUGGCAUUUUCUGUGCAGGUGCCACAGCAAGAAGAUGACUGCAGGAAUUCAGGUGCAGUUCUGUUGGCCAGUGUACAGGGUAUAUCUAUCAACGUGGACCCAAUCUUCUGCACGUGGCUUCUGCAUCAGCCUCAUAGAGGGGGCAACAGACAACCACAACAGAAUCCAGGUCCGGUGCCUUUGGCAAAACGAAGAGAGGAUGAGGUAUCGGUGGGCAGCACACCAUUAGUCCGGCAGCCCUCCAAUCAAGCGUCUGACUAUGCAAGCAGUCCUAUCAAAACCAAAACUUUCACUGAAUCCCGUCCGCUUUCCAUUCCUAUGAAGGUGAUGCCUGACACGACAGCGCCUGAGUCUUUGGCGACAUCGGAAGAACGAAUGAAGGAGCUCAUUGCUCAUGCAUGGGAUUCUGUUAAACGCCUAACGCUACAGUUGGAGCUGCAAUCAUGCUGUGUGUUCCUGCCCAGCGACAGCCUUCCGUCCCCAAGCACCAUCAUUUUUGGUGACAUUCCUGGUACAGUUCGUAGCUGGUACCACAACCAAGCAUCUAUGCCCGGAACACUUGUUGUUUGCCUGCCUCAGAUCAGUGUUCUCAGUGCUGGACACAAGUACAUGGAACCGGUGCAGGAGCUUCCAUUUGUGGUCUCCAAACCGAUCCUAGAAGAAGGUGAUGCAUUCCCAUGGACAAUUAGCUUAAGUCAGUUUAGCGUGUACACUUUGCUGGGCCAGCAGCGCAGCCUGAGCCUCCUCAAACCAAUGGGGUGUACCUCCACGCUGGCUGUCACAUCACACAAGCCGGCAAAUUGUUCAGAAGGAAGGCACUCUUUUGUCGUUUGCCUCCAUGUUGAUCUGCAGCCCGUUGGGGUCAAGUGCUCCAACCCUCAGGUGCAGCUGUUGUGCAAGCUCUAUCUCAGCUGGACGUCUACAUGGGCUCGUCUCCAGAAGCAUGGCAUCUUUCGUCAGUCGGCCAGUAUACCCGAGCCCAGUGCUGGUGCUGCUCCAUCCUCUUCAGUACACAGCAGUGCUGGUACAGCUCUGCCUGACACAAGCACCUAUAGCCCUUCUGCAGAUGUUGGAUCUCCUACUGAGGGUGAUUCAGUACCAGGAGGUGAUGAUGGCCCAUUUGCUGACACAGUGACCCUGGAACAGAAAACUAGCAACAUCGGUGGAACUAGUGGAAAAGUCAGCCUCUGGAUGCAGUGGAUGUUACCCAAGGUUCUUGUUGAACUGUUUGCUCCGGACCCAAAAAUCAAGACAGAAGUCUGUGUGGUCAGUGAACUAGAAGACCUGAGUGCCUCAGUAGAUAUCCAGGAUGUAUACACGAAGAUCAAAUGUAAAGUUGGCAGUUUCAACAUUGACCACUACAGAUGCAGUACGGAGGAGGGUGUUCGUCACAGCUGUGGAGGAGUGGUCCUUUCUUGCACUGACAAGCUGAACAGGCGCACUGUGCUGGUUCGACCGGUCAGCAAGCAAGAGUCUUUCUGCCAAUUUUCUGGCUUUUUCCCUCCUACGGCAGCCAAGGUCCUGGAAGGCUCUCACCAGCAACAUGGAUUCUUGUCUAUUACCUACACGCAGGCUGUCACUAAAAAUGUUCGGCAUAAACUCACCACUAGGCCAGAGCGGCCAACGCGCAGCGCUGAUCCGCUAGCAGAUGGUUCACCACAGUACCUGCGAGAAAUCCUUCUGACAGCUCAGCCCUUUGACAUUGUGCUGUCAUGUCCUUUAUUAACUACUGUUGUUGGAAUAUUUCAGACGACAGUACCAAGACGCUACAAAGACCGUGGAAAGUCAGCAGGCCAGCCAAUGCGGAACCACACGUUGACAUCGCGAUGUUUGCCUCUUAUCUACAUCAACACCAAUCUGAUCAGGGUUUUCUGCCCUCGAGCACCUGACAAAACUGCCACACCAGAUCGCCACGUGAAUAAGGAAGACACAUUGGUGCUUAAGUUGGGGUCCCUUAGCAUGGCUCCUCAGGCAGAUAACCCCCUAGCUCGCACAGUGCUUCGCAAGGACCUUUACCAACGUGCAUUAAACCUCGGUAUCCUGCGUGACCCGGGCUCGGAGGUUGAGGACCGUCAGUACCAAGUCGACCUUCAGUCCAUCAAUAUUGGCACAGCUCAAUGGGAGCAACUCAAGCCAGAGAAGGAAGGAAUGAAAGGAGGGGUAUCUGCAGACGGUGAGAGGAACUCCCAGAACCCAGCCCUGGAGUGGAACAUGGCCAGCAGUAUCAGGAGGCACCAGGAGCGUCGGGCCAUUCUGACCCCCAUUGUGACUGACUUCUCUGUCCGAGUGACCGCUGCUCCCGCCAUCAUCUUCAGCAAGAAUCUCUCCCUUGAUACUGGCCAAGCAGAGGACUUAGUGGUGUGUGGCCAUUCCCUUGAAGUUAAUGUGACCAGCAGUCUGGAUUUUUACCUAAGUGUUGCUCAGGUGCACCUCCUUCAACAGCUUGUCAGAGACAACUUGGGCGGCAUGGAAACUCCUCUGCAAGGCACGGAGAUGCUUAAACAUGAGCAGAAGCAGAGCAGACGAGGCUCCUUUCCAGGCAUCGACGCUUCAUCUCGUCACAGCGGAAACGGGCAGGACAGUGGCUUCGGCAGCGAUAGUGCUCGCAUCCGAAUUGUCCAGAUAGAGCAGCAGAGUGGGACCAGUCACCACUGCAUAGCCAGGCCCUCGCAUAAAUCUACCAUUAUCAAAAACCUCAACUUCAUCCCCUUUGACAUUUUUCUUACUGCUAGUAGACUGUCUGUCAUGGCCUAUGAAGGCUCCAUUUCCCCACAGGCUCCCACUUCAUUAGACAGCACACAGGAUCGGAAAGAGCCCGUGGAAAAGGUAGGAAAGAGUGCUCUGAACCAGCCUGAAAUCCUGUCCGAGUCUGCUCCAGCAUCUGUCUCAGCAUCUCCAGAGCCUACUGCCCACAUUACGCUGACAGAACUGACUGCCGAGGACAUCCUCAACAGCAAUGUCUCUCAGCCUGUCUCCCCGAUGCUGAGAGGCAGUUGGCUCUCCCUGAACUCCCAGUCAACCCCCAGCCGCUCCUCAGCACGCCAGGCGCUGGGGGUGACAAUUGUUAGGCAGCCUGGAAGAAGAGGGGCUGCUGACCAAGUGCUGGAACCGUUGCUCUACCUGCAGUUGAUCCAACCUUCUGCUCUUCUCAGUUGCCACCACCGCAAGCAGAAAAUGGAGUUCUCUGUGUUUGAUGUGGCAUUAAGAGGAGUGGCUUCAGACUACAAGUGCCUAGACCAAGGGAAGAUUUUGCCUGAGUCUCUGGAUUAUAAUGUGUGCUGGCUCCAGACAGCAGCGGGUGACGUAGACAGUGAGACAGGCAUCCCUCCACCUCUGCUAUGCCUUCAGAUUAAAGACUUCCUUAAUGGACCUGCUGAACUGAAUUUACAGUUCUCUCGCCCCUUGAAAAUCACCCCAACACUGGUCAAACUGGAGCAGACCAAAGCCUACCUGAAGAAAAUCUUGCCAAACCACACGUGGAACACCGCCACCCCGCAUUCAUCCCCUGUAAAAUUGCCAAGCAGGGCCUUUUCCCCACCCCAUCAAAGUCCAGGCCUGAGUAAAGCCAGCAGCAUUGAUGCCUUGGCUUUGUCCUUCCACAAGGUCUCUGUCCAAACUACACAGAUUGUGGUUGUCCUGGAGACGGAAGCCCAUCCAAUGAAGCCCAGCGUGACUGUGUCUGUGUCAUCUCUGAUGGGUAAUCUCAACUUGAAGUUAGGCCCAAGUAUUGAGGAUGCUGUACAAUCUGCUUCUGUGCAGCUGGAGCUACAAGAUGUGCUGAUGAGAACAGGGCUGAAGGACAGAAGCCAUCUCCUACUUGGGCCCUUUUCAUGCAGCAGCUCUCUGGAGGCUAGGUGGUGUCGGCACAGUGGUAGUCCUGGACCUGAGCCUGGUCCCCCUAAGCUGCUUCUGGACCUGAAAGGAGGCCUGCUCCAGGUUUUCUGGGGACAAGAACAUCUAAAUUGCCUGAAGUUGGUGAUGGAGCAUCUACAAACUUAUCAUGCCACACAGAAGGGGGACUGUGUAGAAAACUGCUCUCAAGCAAAGACCUUCCAGGCCCAGCCACCACCCUCUCCAGCUUCUCCUUGUUCUCGCUCUGAACACAGCUCUGAUGACCUGCGAACAGGUCACUUUCAGUACAUCCAGGACUCAGCUGCCCAAAAAUGGCCAGGUCCACAUGAGGUUGUGUUCCACAGUGAGACAGAGGAUAGCCCAGGACUAAUGCUGUGGCGGUAUCCUGAACCUCGUGUCCUUACCUUCAUCAGGAUAACUCCAGUUCCUUUCAAUACCACAGAGGACCCAGAAAUCAGUACAGCUGACCUAGGAGAUGCCUUACAGGUGCCAUGCAGCUUAGAGUACUGGGAUGAGCUCCAGCAGGCCUUUGUUCUGUAUCGGGAUUUCAGCCUGUCGGAGAGCCGUGCCUGCCAGCUACAACUUCCUAGCCUCAGCUUCACUGAUCAGCAGAAGGAGCUAGUGGCCUCAGAUGUUUGGAGGAUUGUCCUAAAUAAUAACAGUGAAGCAGGAGAUGAGCAAAGUUCAGAUAGUGAGUCUGGCUCACAACUACACUGCGAUCAGUUGGUAUCACCCAUGGCCCUUGCAGCGUGCACCCGUGUGGACUCCUGCUUUGCACCUUGGUUUGUCCCCUCAUUGGGUGUGUCCCUGCAGCUAGCACACAUGCAAGUUCACUUCUGCAACCAUCUAGAACAACUGGUCAAAGCUCCUUCUCAGAAGCUUCGACCCUUCCUAUCAGAUAGGAAGUUACCUAAGAAACAAGAGUUCAUGGUUAUUGGUACGUGGGAACCACAGGUCAUCUUGCGUCAGUGGACGAGUGGACCAAGGCGUUGUCAGGAAUUCAACUUUUCUACCCAGCUAGACUGCAAGCUGCUGGAGUAUCGAAACCUAACACACCUCCAGGUGCUUCAGCCCUGUCUAAUACAGGGCCAGGCCACAGCCACAUGUUGUCCCUCAAGCAUCGUGUGGGAUGCAAACAUCUUUAUGGAACCUAUGUUUGCCACAGUCAGUCAGUAUGCCAUCCAUACGUUGGACACUGUCCUACAAAGCUGGAAACAGAAUGGAAACCCAGAGGCUGAGGAACUAGUUUACAGCCACUAUGUCAUCUGCAACGAUACCCAUGAGACUCUGCGCUUUGGCCAGGUUGACACAGACGAGAACGUGCUGCUGGCAAGCCUCCACAGCCACCAGUACAGCUGGAGAUCCCACAAAUCUCCCCAGCUGCUCCACAUCUGCAUCGAAGGUUGGGGCAACUGGCGCUGGUCAGAGGCUUUUAGUGUGGACAAUGUGGGGACCCUGCUCAGGACCAUUGAGUACAAAGGCCGCACAGCUUCACUCAUCAUCAAGGUGGUGCAGCUUAACGGUGUUCAGAAACAGGUGAUCAUUUGUGGGCGCCAGGUCAUGUGCAGCUAUCUGACUGAAGACAUUGAGCUUCGGUUGGUGCAGCACUAUGUUGGCCCCGAUGCUCAGACAGUGGUCAGAGAACACUGUGACUGCCUGGUGGCCGGGACCAAGUUGCCUUCUUAUAUUCUGGAAGAUGCCGAGCUGACAGAGUUGUGUGUGAGGGCCAGAGGAGAUGACGAGUGGUCCAAGGAUGUGCAGCUGGAGAAGAAGGACAAGAGCACCAGCAGCUCGGUUGUACAGGUGCCAUGUUCUGCUGGUUCUUUGCUCUUUGUGUGGUGUAAUCUCAUUACUAUUGAGCCUGAGUCCCAAAUGCAGCAAAGAGUGGUUGUUUUUAGUCCACUGUUUGUCAUGAGGAGCCAUUUGCCAGACCCAAUAAUCAUCUGCAUUGAGAAGAGAAGCCUGGGACUGAGAGAGAGCCAGCUGGUUCCAGGACAGGGCCAUGAGGAGCCCCUAUUCAACACUGAAGCAGACCUCACACAUCACCUCACUUUUCAGGCCAGCGAAGAUAAGGACGCGUCCCACUGUGCUGUGCCCAUCUCCACAAGCGUAAUCAAACAGAUAAUGGACAAGAAUGGCGUUGAGGAUCCCUCGGAACACAUUCUGGCUGAUUUCUAUGGUCAAAAGAUCUCAACUGGGCCACAAUGGCCGUACAUCUCCAAAGACAAUACCGGGUCAGUGCCAGAGCACCUUGCCCAGUGGGACAGUCCCAUGCAAGUAAAGUUAUCCUGCUGGAAAUUGGGCCUCAGCACCCUGCUUGUGGAGUUGCUGCCCUGGGCCCUGUUAGCUAAUCACUCCCAGUGGGAUCUGUGGCUUUUUGAGGGUGAGACCAUCGUGCUGCAGAUACCAGCUGGCAAGGUCAUAGUACCUCCUAACUUCAAGGAAGCUUUCCAAAUUGGCAUCUAUUGGGCUCAAACAAACACGGUCCACAAGUCUACAGCAAUGAAACUUGUUCAUGAUCUAACCUCACCUCGAUGGAAGGAGGGCAAAGAUUCAGAGUUGGUGACCUUGGAUGAGGAAGGUUAUGUAGAGGCAAACAUCACCCUUGGAGCCCUACCUGGUAGACAGAAGCUUUGCCAGUUCUGUGUAUCAUCUACGAUAAAACAUGGCAUCCAGAUUCUCCAAAUAGAGGACAGAACAAUCCUUGUCAACAGCACUCCUCACACGAUAUACUACAGACCAUUGCUGACUGAUCACAGGCUGGGAAUUGAUAACCAGGCUUGUGAAGUACCGGAGACUACGGCAUUCACUCUGGCUCCGUCUCAGACCAAACCCUUCUCUUUGCCAUGCUGGGAUCUUCUUCAAACCAGCGACCAUGGAAAAGUGGAAUUCCCCUUGCCAGUGAAAUGCAUACUUUUCAGCUCAUUAUCAAGGCCCGAUGCCAAACAUGGGUCCACGGCAUGGAGCCUCCCCGCACUCAUCCGACCAGACUUCCUCAGGCAAUGUGUGGCGGUUCCUGGUGAAACAAACUCCAGGGGUGGCCUCUGCAGCAGACCCAUAGUCUUGGCGUACCAGGAACACCUCGGCGUGACGUACAUUACUCUAAAUGAGGAUCCUUGCCCUCCCAUGCUGGUGCACAACAAAUGUCCUGUCCAAAUAUUGCUUAAGGAGAAUGUCAAGGAUACUCCCAGGACCGAGGUGUUUUGUUGUCCUGUUCCUGCAAAUAGCUCUGUGCACUAUGAGCUCUACCAUCACUUUUCUACUUUCCCUGACUGCAGACAGAAAGAACCACUGCCCACUUUGUUGCUAAAAACCACUGCAGAUGUGGGCAGCAAAGACUGGACUGACCCUAUUGAUAUCAACAGUCCUGGUACUCAGGUGGUCUUCCUGCCAGGUUUUGGUUGUCUCUACAUUGAUGUGGGCUACGAUAGAGGAACCUUGGUUCUGACUCUAUCACCAGAGGGCGAUGUAGAUUCUGUAAUCGACCAACACAGAAGCUCAACUAAGCUGUCCUUAACUGUCCUUCUGAGUGAAGCAAGCGUGGUGUUGAGUGAUGACAUCACUAGCCCCUCAGGUUCAGUAGAGCUGUUAAGACUCACACUCACCAACCUUUUCCUAAGACUGGCCCCAGCAACCACCACCCUGUCUCGUGAAGUGACCCUCGAGUCCAGAGCAGCUCCAGCGUCCAUUUUUCCGCUGAUGCCCGACUCCACUCUGAUCGAGGUUUACUGCUUGUGCCUGCAAGUGGACAACCAGCUGUACAACCGUGCAAGUUUCCACUUCCCCGUGCUGCUAUGCCAAGAGCAAAAGGGGGGAGCCGAGCUCGGAAAUCAGUGGCGUAACCACGACAUUCCCACGGAGACUUCGGAACUCCUGGAGGAGUUUAAAAAGUCCUGUUUCCUCCAGCUGAGGCUGAUCCUGGCUGCGGACAGAUGCACUCUAGAAGAGGUGAACUUCCAAGUCCAGCCUGCUCGAGUAUACCUUGAAGACACAUUUGUUUACUAUGUCAAAACCCUGUUCCACACCUUCAUUCCUGAAGCUGCCAUUUCCUCAGUUAAGCCUCAGAAGCCUAAUGUAGUGUCGGGAUUGGACCCCGCUGUCCCUGAGCAGGUACUUCAGUCAAUACAGGCUCUCGUACAUCCCGUGCGUCUCCAAAGGCUUACUAUUCAGCCAAUCAACCUGCUUGUCAGCAUCCAUGCGUCCCUCAAGCUCUACAUUGCUUCCGACCACACUCCCCUCGCCUUCUCCUUGUUUGAGAGAGGACCGCUCUGCACGACAGCCAGACAGCUCGUCCACGCUCUGGCCAUGCAUUAUGCUGCCGGGGCCCUCUUCAGAGCUGGCUGGGUCGUUGGGUCUUUAGAGAUUCUGGGCAGUCCUGCUAGCCUGGUGCGCAGCAUCGGUAACGGCGUGUCCGAUUUCUUCCGCUUGCCGUACGAGGGUCUGACUCGUGGACCUGGUGCCUUUGUCAGUGGCGUCUCUCGGGGGACAACUUCCUUCGUAAAGCACAUCUCAAAAGGGACCCUGACAUCCAUUACCAACUUAGCGACCAGCCUAGCCCGAAAUAUGGACCGUCUCUCUCUGGAUGAGGAGCACUACACCAGGCAAGAGGAGUGGAGACGGCAGCUUCCAGAGAGUCUGGGGGAAGGACUCAGGCAGGGACUCUCGCGACUUGGUAUUAGUUUGUUAGGAGCAAUAGCCGGCAUCGUGGACCAGCCCAUGCAGAAUUUCCAAAAGAACUGGGAGACGCAAAGCACAGCUGGUAGCAAAGCCAAAGGCGUCAUCUCUGGCAUGGGGAAAGGAAUUGUGGGAGUUUUCACGAAACCCAUUGGAGGAGCAGCUGAACUCGUCUCCCAAACUGGAUAUGGUAUCCUCCAUGGAGCAGGACUGUGGCAGCUUCCGAAACAACUUUACCUGCCAACGGAGGAGAAAUCUGCCGAAGCCCCCAACAGUCACCUUAAAUAUGUUUGGAAAAUGCUGCAGUCAUUAGGGCGACCGGAGCUGCACAUGGCACUGGAAGUUACUAUUGUCAGCGGGUCUGGACAGGAGCACGCUGGGUGUCUGCUACUUACCUCGGAGGUUCUCUUUGUGGUCAGCCUCAGCGAGGACACACAGCAGCAGGCCUUCCCCAUCACAGAGGUGGAGUGUCAUCAAGAAGCCGGACAGCAAGGGCAGCUCACUCUCACAUUGCAGCAGCAGACAGUAGCCAGUGAGACAGAGGGCGAAGGUGUGCGAGAGCGUCUUUCAGAGCUGCAGUAUCAGCGUCUGGUAGAAUACAUCAAGCGAGCCUCCCACUAUUUUCCUCCCUCCGCUUCGUCACUACAGCUGCAGCCUCCGGUGACGCUCGCUGAGCCGCCGACCUCCGUCGCCAAGUCUUACCGCUACCUGGUCGAACCUGCUUUUGCCAAGGUUUUCGUCAGCAAGUUCACCAUGGUAAAGGAUAAAGCCUUACAGAUUGGAUUCCAUUAAUAUGUUGUGAGAACUUCUGCACUUUUUAACUGACCCAAUAAGAACUAUGCUUUAUAAGUGUAUACCUUGUGUGUUAAUACACCUCUCAAAAAUGCCUUUGUACAUCUGUAUUUUGUGCUCAGCAGCCCUAUGUAGGACAUAAAAGCGAGAGUAAAUUAAGCAACAAACACCAGCUGCCAACCAAAUGAUGUAAUGUUUCACAGUAACACUGUUUGUCACUGUACACUGACGCUAAGCCCUCGUGUUUUUGCCUUUUAAAACAUUAUUGUACCCCUGGGUUCUGUGUAAGGUUUUGCUACUAUGCCUUUAAAAUUAUAUUUGGACACAAUUUCUAAUAAAAACAAUGUAUUUAUCACAAAUCACUGGGCAGAUUUGUGUAUUUUGGUCAUUUGUAUGUUCUUUUUACAUGUUUUUGCCUCCCACCAAGAGGAGAGACAACUGUUUCCUUUGGUUUCAAAUGCGUUUGAGUAACCCUGCAACACCUCAUUUGCGUUUUUGUGUUUACUUCCCGUGUCGUGAUCGGGAGGAGUGCUGUGAGGUCGACCGGUGGCUGUGUCUGCUUCCUGUUGACCUCACACUGCUGUCGGAGGAUGCUGAAAUGAAAGAGUAGUUUUGGUUCCAGUUCUACUGUAUAAACCAUGACAUCCCAUUGAGGCAGAAAGGCUUGCUUGGGAGCCACUUGGGCUUUAACUGCCAGGUUAAAUAAGAUUUUUGGAAACCAAAUUGGUUUUUACAAGUUUAAUGGGUGUCUUUUGUUUGUCCGGUUACAAAGACGAGUUACAUAUGUUGACAGAUUUGACCUGAUAUCCCUUCGUAAUCAGUAAUCAUACAUAAUCUGCCCGUAAUCCUGAUAUACAGCAAUUGUUAAACUGUGCACCAAAACUAAAAAGUCGUUGCCCAAGGAUUCAAAUCGUUUUCAGGAUGAAAGAAUCGCAAGCGUUAAUGUAACAGUCCGGAUCGGAGUCACCCACAGCCCUUAAAGCAGUAAUGUGAUGUAAGGUUGGCCAACCAUGUUUUUGAAUAAUAUCAAUGGCUAAACAGUUAUAAGCAUAUCUUCGGUUUUUGUUUUUUUUUUUCUUACGCAACCCUUCUAGAUUCUUUGUUUAACCCAUAGCAACGCCCUUGACAACGAAAAUGCUUUUCUUCGGCAAUCUUCGGAAAUUACGUCACACCGGGAAGUGCGAGGGAAGUCCGCCAUAGAACAGUAUUUGUUGCAUUGCUUCUUGGUAAGAUGCCAUGGCGGUGUGUGGCGAUGUUUUGUUCUCACUCAAACGAAAAGUUGUAUGAGUGGCCAAAGGAUAGCAGGGCACGUAAAUGGACAUCUUUCGUUCGCACGAAGCGAAUGAAUUUCACGCGAUCAUCGAGUAGUGUUCUCUUCUGCAAACACUUCGAAGAUGCCUGCUUCCUUAACCAAUCUGCUUAUGAUCAAGGAUUUGCCAAAAAGUGUGAUUUUUGGAUAGAUGACUGAUAACUUUGUCAAAGCAGAGCUGCCAACUGUUGUGGAAUGUACAGUAGAAGCUAGCGACGUUAGCCGAAAGCCAACUCGUGGCAAUAGUCGUGGCAUAGUUGUUGUUGUGUUCGCUAGUGUUACGUCCCAAGGACGGCUCGCGAAGGGUGUAACAUAAAACGAGCCACACAAUUUCACAAGUGGCACAAAUUUAUUUACACAACAAUCGAACUCGCAAUGAAUAUGUACAAAAUGUGGAUGAAGCGUGGCUUCAGGGUAAACCCAGGCCAAAACAACAAACAAAAGGAAUCUACACUACAUGAAAAAGAACAAAGAAAAGACAGCCACUAACCUAGCUUCUUACGCUAAACAAAACAGGAGAAAAUCGGUUGAACAGAAAUGGCGACUUACCCCUACUUGCUUCAGUGCUCUUAUUUACAGUGGUGAACAAAAACAAUCCAAUAACGAAUAAACACAAAAGACCUCAUCGAAAAAGCGGGAGUGUAUCAGACUAGCGAUCAAAUGCAAAUGAGCGUGAAUGGCGAGCAAACAGCUGGCGAGGAGGACCGCGGCAGAAUCCUGUCAAAUGCGACCUCCCAGAGCGUUGACAGCGGCAGGUUUGUUUGCGUGUUGGCAUUGAGUCAAUCUCGCAGCGAAUCAGCAAGCGGCUCAAGUCACGCAGUGAAUCAUGGGAAAUGUAGUCUCGGGACAACACUGAAGUGGUGCUUUGUAAUCUGUUCGCUUGUGUGAAAAAACUACAUUUCCUCACGCCAUUAGACGACACUUCCUGCCGAGAGCCCCAGCUACUGUUAGCUCCAUGUGUUAAUAAAGAAACAAAGUUGUCAGCACAUCGUGUGUUCGAUACAUUUGUCAACAAAAAGCUCAUAAUAAGACACUAUGCACAAUCCGUUUAAGAGACGCUGGGACUGGAAGAAAUAGUAGCUGGUAGUACGAGGCGAGGCGGAGAUGAGCGAGAAGCAAAACUUCGCGGACGAAUGUGGCGGCAGUCCGCUAUUAUUUUGUUUUAUUAUUGUUGCCACAAUAAAGUGGAGAAAGCCAUCAAGGACUCAUCUCCUUCUUUCCCCCCAACGUUUUUAUAUUAUUAAUUUAUAUGCACGAGAGCUGCCGGAUCUGCCAAAAUGAACAUGCAGUCUGAUUAUUAUUUUUUUAAACAAUGUCAUCAGAUAGACAAAAACAUAAAAUUAUGUGCAAAUGCCUGCAUCUUCAAAUCAUGAAAAUAAUAACAGCCUAUAUCUUACCAAUCUUGUAAUCUCGAUGGGUCUUGUCUCCAUUCCAUGUCAGGUAGUCUAGGCACAUUGUUUGCAUCUUGAUUAGCGUCUGGCUAAUACAUCUUAGGUCCAACAUAAAAUUCCAACCUCCUCUUCUCCCUCCAACCCUUCAAAAACUUGGAUCUCCUCCCUUGCGCUCGAUCUAUCGCUUAUAUCGCUGUUUGAAUCAUUGUUUGAAGGGCUUUGUAUGGCGGCCAUAUGGAGCGCUGCCAUCGCUGUUCUCGGUGUGAUGUAUCACUUCCGGGUUCGUCCCCUUUCAGGCUCGAACUUCGGAAACGCGAUUAUUUUGUCAAAUAUACAACAUAUAAAUUUUUUUUUCAUGCUUUAUUUGUUGGACAAUGUUUAAUUACUUUACUUGUGACCCUAUUUGACAUGUUAUGAAAUUACUUCACAUUUCUGCUUUAAAGGGGCUCGACUUCAAAAUUAAAGCCAAACUAAGUAUUGCUUUGACAUGCAUACAUCAUUUGUUGGGCUUUUAUUGUGAUGUUGGACGACGUGUUUCCAAGAUUGAAGCGGCGAGCAUUUUGGUGACGUUAUGCAGUGGCUACGAUGGUCGGUGGAAAUAUUGGAUUGUACAUAAAACGAACCAAAGACUGAGGACCCUUGUCCAUGAGGACUUUGCUGCUAUAUAACCUGAUUGCCUGGAACAAACAUUGCAAGUCAAGGACGUUGAUUUUUCUGCCUGAAGAACAUAUUCACAAGAUGCCCUUUUUUUUUUUCAACGUAAAGUGCAUGUUAUAGGUAUU